AUGGAUAACAUUGACAGGACUGAGACUGAGAAUGAGGAGACAGGAAGAUGGAAAAAAAUUAAUUCAUGGAUUAAACGCAAAUUCAACUAUGAAUGCUAUAUGACUUUCCUUAAUGGCUGCUACAGCUGCAAGUGGGAAGCCCAGCAGAAGAAAGCUAGACGACCACUCUGCUGCUGCUCUUUGAGAGAGCGAUUAUUUUAUCCUUGGCUGGUUGUGUCAUUUUGCUUGUCUACACUUUUACUUUUCACAUGGAUAGAAACUUCAAAUGAAUACAAUGGCUUUGACUGGGUUGUUUUCCUAGGUACAGGAGUCUGGUUCUUUUGGUCCAUUGUCUUGCUGAGUUUCCUUGGGAUCCUGGCUGCCUACACAGCAUUGCUACUGGUACUUGGAUUUUUGUUGUGUUGGGAAAAAAAUCAACUAUACCUGCACUGGUAUCAUAAGAUCCUGAUUGUGAUAGUGAUUCUGUUUUGCUCAUUUUUUCUCUGGAUUUUAUUAACUUACUGGAAAGACAGGUGGUUCACCAUCGGGCUGUCACUGCAGGUCUUUGCUCCCUACAUACACCUGGGCAGCCUAUCUGUGAUGGUUUUGCUUUCGUGGCCUGUGGCCUUCUACUUGAUUCAUUUGGAAGGAGAAGCUAGAAUGAGAAGAUACCAGAUUACAAAUAUUGAAAGAGAAAGAAACAAGAGGUGUAACAUGCGCACAAAAUUGAGAGCUUUACAAGUGGCUAUUGGGUUGCCCUUUGUUCUUAUACUUUUGUGUCUCUAUGUGGUGCCAUUGGGGAUUUAUUCUCCCUGCGUUCAAGAGAAGGAUAAAUUAGGACCCAAGCCAUACUUCUUCGGACAUAGAGGUGCGGGCAUGCUGGGGCCUGAGAAUACCAUGAUGUCCUUUGAGAAAGCUGUUGAAUAUGGGGCCCAUGGACUGGAGAGUGAUGUACAAAUAAGCUUGGAUGAGGUGGCUUUUCUCAUGCAUGAUUAUGACUUGAGAAGAACAACCAAUAUCUUGGACGUCAUGCCAAAUGCCUCCCACACACACAGUAGCCUUUUUUAUUGGGAUUUCCUGUCAACUCUGAAUGCAGGCAAAUGGUUUUUUAAGAUCAAACCAUUUUUUCGUAUGAAACCCUUAUCAGAGGCUGAUAAGGAAAGAGCAAGAAAUCAGAAGAUUCCAAAACUAUCUGAGUUAUUGGAACUUGCACGGAGGGAAAAAAAGUUGGUUAUAUUUGAUCUUAAUUCUCCUCCACGAUCACAUCCUGCCAGAUCAUCGUAUAUCCGCCUUGUAGUAAGCGUGAUACUUGACUCUAACAUUGAGCAACAUCAGAUUUUUUGGUUACCAGGUUCUGAUAGGAGGUAUGUCAGGAGCAAAGCUCCUGGUUUUCAGCACAUUGGCCGGUUAUUCACCAUUGAAGAACUUAGAAAAGAAAAUAUCACUAGAAUAAAUGUUGACUAUAAGAGGUUGUUCCACAAUGGCUUGAAAGAAUAUAAAGCGGCUAACAUCAGCAUCAACUUAUACCUCGUCAAUGAACCUUGGCUCUUCUCACUGGCCUGGUGCUCCAAGAUUCAAUCAGUGACCACAGACAAUCUUCAGGUCCUGAGGGAGAUAAAUCACCCUUACUACUUCAUGACACCAAAAUUCUAUCUGUUCAUGUGGAUUUUCAUGGAUAUUCUUUCUGCAGCUUUCAUUAUUGCCAUAUUACAUUUUUAUUGGAGGAGAGAGAGCCAGAGUGAAAAAAUCCUCCACGGUAUCACCAGUUACACAGAAACUCCAAGUGUAAGCCUCAAUGAUGAAGUUUUGGAAGUUGUGGAAAUCCCUGGACUUUUAACCAAGAGCAAAAUGAAAUAUCCAGACUCUGAAGUCAUUAUACCAGAGGUUGUCAAGGAAACCACUGCACCAACCAUGCAUCCCACAGAUGACGAUGGACAACCAGUGCCCACUGGGCCAGCCUUUGAACCCAUCCAAGCACCCACUUCAGAGGCCAACAGAGAGGCCACCCUCCAAACUGUAUUGCCUACCUAGGAGGCAAACGAACCAACGGUUCCCUCUGUGGAGAAGCCUCCUCCUGAAACAUAACCUGAAAAGUCCCCACCAUUGACUACCCCCAGUAAUCCUCUUUUAUGAUGGUUUCCACCACAUCAAGCAUGUCCUUCUCCCCCUUUUGGGCUGUCU